GAAAAGUCAUAUGAGAAAAAGGAAAUGGAUAGAUGUUAUUUUGCAUAAAGCCUGCACUAAGUUAAAAGCUAAACCAGGAAGUUACCACCACUAUGCUAGAUGGAAGCGCUUCAGUGGCAUGUGCUUGAUUUUGAGAAAAUCAGAACUCUUCAGAUUAGUACUAGGAGUACUUACCAUGUUUAUUUUAUGCUUACCUGAAUUUUUCAAAAUCCAUGAAGCUAACACUAUCAUUGUUUCGUGCAUGGAUACCUGUUCAUUAAGUAACACCACUUUUCCACUUUGCACUUUUAAUAAUUCUUGCAAAAGAUCACUGCAACAAAGAAGAGAAAACCAGACUAUCUUACUGAAGACCAUUGUAAAUCAUUCCAGUUUCCAAAAUAUUCCAUGUAUUUGCCAGUCCUCUAGUAGGGAACAACAAUCACAUACUAAAUACUCAAAAUGUGAAUCCAACAGAGAUGUGGAUGUUGAUCAUCAAGGAUCAGGAGUUAUAACUAAAAAAAAUCCAAAAGAAAAAGGCUCAUUGGAAGAGCAAACAGAAGAUGUUAUUUAUUUUUACAAAUAUUUUAAUUUCACUAUGCUUCAUGCAAAUGAAGAAGUAGAGGAUAGUAUCUUCUAUAUGCUGGAAAUCCGCAUCAACAACUCUACAGUCAGAGGAAGAAAUGCAGCUGAAGAAUACCUAAAUCACUCCUGUCUAGCAGCAAUGAUCGACGACCAAAAUGACUGCAUAAAUAUUUCACUGCAACUAGAGUCUUACGUGGAAUAUCCAAUGUGUAUGGCAAAGAUCAUUUGGCUCAGUAUGAUUCUAGUCAUCAUUGUGUUUACUAUUUCAAUCGUCAUCUACAAAAUAGUUCAUGAAAAUGGACAAAACUAUUGUAAACACAGAGGAGCAGCAGCAGUUUAUACUAUUCAAAGCAAAAAAGAUUCCAGACAUGCAAUAACAACCAUUUCUGCUACUAAAAUUCAUCUUUUUCCUGUGAAGACCAACGAACAACAGGUUCCACUUACUGCACAGGCCAGGAAGGUACUGCCCAUAAUUCCUGAACAAGAACAUUGUCAUCUGAGUGCAUCAGCUGUAGAAGGAAUACUGUCUCGAAGCUCAAUACGCUGCAGAACCAACAAAGGCACUUCCUGUUUAGUCUUGCUCCAUUUCCUGCAAAGAAACACUUCCCCCUUCCUCCAAAAAGGUGGCGCCACAUGAAGUACAGUUCCAACUGCAUGAAAGGAGAAACAUAAUACACCACAGAAGAAAGCAUGUCCAUUUCCAGUCUGGGGAGCUCUGUUAUCCGUCUUCUCAUGAGAAUGCCAACUGCGCAGUUUAGUUGAGAAGCUUCAUUUUAUCUAUCAGGACUACCUGGUAUUAAGAAAAUAUGAAUAAUGGACAAACACAUUUUGCUGGAGAAUCAACUUCAGUAGGAAAUUAUAGAUUUCCCAUCUAUUUUCUGUUCAUUCAGGAUUUAAUGCUUAAUCAUAAGGCUGUGAGAUAAUCCUUGCAAUAAUUUAUUUUUCCAGCUGGGAAGAAAUUUAUCUUCUCCACAGGAUAAAAUCCUGAUUGAAGGUAGAAAUGAACCUAUAUUUUCAUGAAAUGAACAUAGUUUUCAGCCUUUUUAAUGCUCUAGGUGACUAAGAUGCUUAAGAGAGAAUUUCUGGCUGAUGAGGAGAGUGGCCAAAGGAAUAGAGAAGGAGGGAGUUCUGCAGUACAUUUUAAUUUCUGCAGUAAACCAUGAAGACAUUCAUAAAUUCUGCAACAUCUUGGUGGAUAAAGAAGAAAAAUGUGGAAAAAAAAUACACAUUUGGCUUCAAUCCACUAAAUUGUUAUUGUUAUUAUUUUUUUUAUAACUCAUUAAGACACCAAAUGGGUUUUAUACUCUUUGAUAAAUUGCAUUUCCAUCUUUUGUAUUAGCUUAGGUCAUUAGUAUUCAGACUCAUUGUCUCCUGGAACUUUUCCUUACUUUCCAUUUAUUGCUGCUCCUCUGAGUGUAGUGGAGCUGUUUGGGCUGAGCAGGGUCCCAAACUCAUUUGAUGCUAACCCAUUAUUUGUGGGUACAAUCUGACCAUAAAUUACUAGGCAGAGACAGAAAUUGCAGAGCUAGGACUUCAGACUCCCUUGUGCUAAAUCCAUCAGGAUGAACAGAUUGUAAACUGCCCAUUGCAAAUAUGAUAUGCAGCAAUUUAGCAUCAUGUUAAUACUUCAUAACCUCCAUCCCUUACAUUUAUAUAGCUUUUCCCUCCUGAAGCUUUCUGAAAUUGCUUAUCCAGUCAUUACACUGCACCAAGCAGUUCAGAUUUAAUAGGAAUAGUUGUGAACAUUAGCUUCUGAGUGAUUUGAGACCAUACGGAAUUUUUAAAAUUUAGUUGGAUAAAUUGGAAGCAUUUGUUUCUAUUGUUUGUUACCAUCUUUUAUAAAAAAACAAACAAACAGACAAGAAAAAUACUGUCUUUCUUGAUUUGGGGGCUUUUGAGGCUUUAUUGCUUGUCUAUGGUAAUAACUUAAGGCUUUUCAGGAAUUGAUUUUCUAAUGCAUCCUAUAAACUUCUCACAUUUUUUAUUAUUAUUAUUUUUCCUUACCUUACUGUAGAACCACACCUUACACAUUAUGGAAGCGAAAUAUCUAUCUCAAACCACUGCAGAAUUGCUAAGGCCAUUUCAGCCAGUGUAUAAAUGCUUCCUUCAAAUGAUGGCACUAUCUAUCAGUCUUCCCCUUCAGUAAUCCAGGGAUCUUGAUAGUAGGGACAGCCCUGCUCCUUGUGACCCCGAUUUAAUUUCCUUCCUCCUGUAAUUUAAUUCUAUUUUUCUUGUUGCCUGUAACUCCCCCUUUUCUUUUCCUUGGAUGGCUGAACUGUCCCUUUAUUACCCCCACUUAUCCCACAGCUUCCCAGGUGUUUGGUCUCACUACCUUGGAAGUUUGCAUCUCCCGAGUUACCUCUGCAAAACCCCACCACCAAGUAAAACCAAGAGGCUCUUACAAGCCUUUAAUCUGUCGAGUAGAGCUUACCGUGUCCUGCAAGCAUGAUCCAAGCCACAGGAAAGCACGGCCUCUCAGCCUCUCAUGGGGCAGCUCCUCCAGCACCGGCUGCCCUGCCUGGUGCCCCUCUGCUGAGCUCAUCCCAGUUCACCGAUGCAUUUCUUGUACUGGGGAGUCCCAAACCAGAUGCAGUGCUGGAGUCGUGGUCUCAUGCAUGCCCAGGUGGAUAACUGACUCUCUUGACCAACUGGCAGUGCUCCUUUUACUGCAGCUGAGGAGGCUGUCGGCCUGCCUUCUGCCUGGGCACGCUGCUGGCUCACGCCCGACUCACUCCUCACCAUGGCCCCGAGGUCCUUUGUAGCAGAGCUCUCCCUGGUCAGCCUGUCAGAGCAGUGACACCGUUCUUUCACACCAUUCAUGAAGAAGUGUGAUUCUGGGAUGUAUGUAUACAAGUUCCCUUCAUUUCCCCUCCCUGUUGGCAAGGUCCUGCUGUUAAGUCUCCUUUUUACAAGGGUCUGUCUUACUUUUUUUUUUUUUAACUUCUGCAUUAUUGCACUGUCACAUAAGAAAUAUUCUUUCACUCCCUGGGUAAAAUAUUUGAAAGGCAGAGCAAAUGGCUAGUGCUUGUUCCUGAGUCUGCUAGAGCAGCUGCUCGAGAGUCUGUAAGAGAAGCCGUGAAAAGGAGAUCAAAGUGGGGAGAGUAGUAAGUUCUUAGCAGAUCUGUGCUCAGAGACUUUUGGGGUACAGGUAAUAAAGGGAGAAUGAGCUCUGCAGAUCUAGUGUGAUCAAUUUUGCUGUCUUCUUUCCUCUCAGUUUUACCUCUUUGAAUGUUCUUAUCUUUGCCUCACUUCCUUCAACUCCACGCAGAUUUUUCUUUUACUUCAGAAGUGCUGUUAUUCCAGUUCUGCUGGAACUAAUCAGAUGUCAUUUCUUGUUUAUUUUGAACAAUGCUGAAAAAUUCUUUGAAAAAGUCUUUUCUUUAAUCCAACCUUGAAAAUUGUUCCUAUUUCCAGAGAGUAUGUCAUUGCUGGUUUUUUUUGUGCCUUUGAAAAAUCAUCUUCCCUCUCUUAUCUGUUUAAGACAGCUCAACUUUUGACAUUUUAUUUUCUGUUUUCUUAAUUCCAAAGCUGCACACCAUCAUCAAUACACUUCUAGAAAUACUGACUGUUGUGAAUGCUGGGGUAGGUGUCCAAGCAUGGAAAACGUACAGGUUGCACAAUAAAAGCAGCUGUUUGUGUCCUCAUAGUCUCAGCAACAAAGGUUGACCUGAGCCAGAAAAAAAAAAUGUUUAAAGUCCAGAGGGCUUUCCAGUCAGACUGUAGGAAUCUCAAAAGUAGGUCAGGCUGGCCGAUGGUGUCACUUUAAGCCUUGCUCUGAGAUGGCUUUUAAAAGAACUUGGGAAAGCCAUUUUCCACUCUUUACACUCUUUUGAGUCAAACUGAAAGGACAGGGCUGUCAUUUGAGAUAGAAGUGGAACGUCUCAAAGAUAAUCCUAUGAGCAGAGUGACUGCUUGUAUGCUAAAAAACACUCCUGUGAUUCAGAAAAAAAGGUGAAAAUCUGUAUUUGUCACUCAAAAUGCUUUGGGGUUUCAGACUCAUUGAAGUUGUUAUGCAUCCUGAAUGGUGGUGACACUGGAAACAUCAUUAAAAAACACCUCAUCUUGUGAUGGCUGUAAUUUUGUAUUGUCUGCUUAGGGCACAUUUUAGAGAAAGAUCUUCAUGGCUUCAAUGGAUGAUCUAAGCAACAUGAAAGAAACAGGAAAGACAGUUCUUUUGUUUAGCUGUCUGAGGCAGUGGAUGCAGGAGUGUUGGAGCAAAUCAUAGGGAAGAGAUGUUUACACAUGAAUAGACUACACCCUGAAAAGCAGCAAAGAAAUUACAGCUUGCUUUGUUUGCCAAAAAAAAUGCAAAUACCUUUAAUAUAUGAAUACAAUAAGUGACCUGUCUCAUAGUUUACUUCACUGAUGACGUAUGACAGUGGAUUAUUUGUGAGUCUGUAGGUGUGCAGACACUGCUUUAAGUUUCACCUUGACACAUUUCUCAACUUUGCGUGCUCAAAAGCCUGCCUCAGCCAAAGCUCUCUUCUCUGCAUACAAAAGGGUACUCAAAAGUGAGAAAAUUGUUAUGAAAAACACAUCUGCUCAAGAUAACAGGUAAUUUCACAAUUGAAGUUAUUUUUUUUAAAUAAGUACCUAAAACCUAGUAGUUUGACAAAUGCCAGAGCACACUCAGUGUACUGACCUGGAAAAAGGUGGUGAUGAAAGAAGGAACAGUCAGUCUCCCUUAAAAGUUUAAGGCUUGCAUCUGUCUUUGCCAGACUCUCAAUAAAAUCACUCAUUCCAAACGUAAAUCACAAAAUCAGAAACUUCACUGAGUACAUCUACCCAUCACAUUAUUCAUAACAUUAUUUUUUAGCACACUGCCCCAGUUCAACAUCUCAAAUGAUUUAUUUGACUGAUGGAAAAAUACAAACCAGUGUAAACAAAAUAUUCUGGUUACAUCUACACAGUACUCUUCUACUGAAAUAUUACUUACCUAAAACUGAUUUAAAGAUUGUGCAUUCAGUUUUCCUGGGAUAAAUCUUUGAUCAGAUGGAGUAUCCCUAUGCUCCUGUUUGCCCCUGUUUCUCUUCCUACAUUGUACGGAUGUGAAUACUCAAUUCUACGUGUUAUUUUUUAUAACUUCUUUUACUUUAAGGAAGGUACUUUAAUCAAUACAUACAUAAUUUAAGGAAGACAGACCUCUCCUAAGGAAUAUGUCAGACAAGCAAUCCUUGUCUUAAGAACAUCCCUCAAUGAUUUCAAACACGAUCCCCUGAGGCUUCUAAUACCGUAUUGUUCAGCCUCUACUAAAAAGCACCACUAUUAGUUAUCACAUUUUUCUGACAGGUUUAACACUAUAUAGUCUGCACCGCAUUUC